AUGGCGGCCGGCGGAGCGGAGGAGCGGAGCGGUUUGGAAGCCGUGGUGCGGGGUCGCCUCCGCCUCCUCCGGGAGCGCUGGACACGGGGGAUCCGCGAACGCGGCGGUACCGCCGCGUCCCCGCGUCCAGCGCUCGCGGAGGAGGUGAGCGCCCUGCAAGCGCUGCCGAUCGACGUGCAGCUGAACAUCAUGUCAUUCCUCUCGCCCCAAGAUUUGUGCCAUUUGGGAAGCACGAGUUGUUACUGGAGGGCGGCUGUGCAAGAUCCGUUGUUGUGGAGGUAUUUUCUCCUCAGGGAUCUUCCCUUUUGGACAUCCGUUGAUUGGAAAUCACUCCCAGAUGUGGAGAUUUUUAAUAAAGCCUUUUCAGAGGUCAGCGAUAAUGCGCUGUACGAUUACAUGGCAGCAUAUAAAAAAAGCUGUCCUCAGAGUAGAAGAAGUUUGAAAUCAAGCCGUCCCCGGUAUGGGACUGUGACUUCCUUUUUGCAAUCGCUGGUCACUCAGGCAGAACCUCGCUUUGCUAUGUUUGGGCCGGGUUUGGAAGAGCUGGAUGACUCUUUAGUGCAAAAGAUGAUGACGUGCCCAGAAAUUCUGCUAGUAGCUGGCCUACCCCAAAGGCAAAUUCAUGGAAUUGGAUCAGGAGUCAGUUUUCAGUUUAAUAACAAUCAAAAAUUCAAUAUUCUGACAUUGUAUUCAACCACCAGUGUGGAAAGGAGGAGAGCAAGGGCAGAGCAAGCUGUUGCUGUGAAUAAGAUGUUCUACCAAGAAAACAGCAUAGUAGGGAAUCAGCAAGCUGUGCACUACAGUGUAAUAGCUCAAGUGAAAAAGGUGUGCGAAGUAGUUGAUGGAUUCAUUUACGUUGCUAAUGCAGAAGCUCAUAAAAAGCAUGAUCGUCAAGAAGAACUAGCUCGUAUUUUGGCAAUGAUUGAUCCAGCCCUUGGGCCUUCAAACAGACCUCUCCUAGUUUUGUCUUGUGUCUCUCACGUUGGUGUGAAAAGAAUUCCAUGUGUUUACGUGGCACAUCAGUUGCAACUCAAUCUGCUACGUCAGCCUUGGAUGGUGCAGGACACUGUAGCUGCAACUUUAGAUGGAUUGCUAAGUGGAAUUGAGUGGCUCCUGGAAGAAGCAAAUUGUAAAAAUGCACAAUAAUGUAAUUGUACAUUGUUUUAAUGUAUAGAGACUUUGGUGUUUUGCAGUUGGAGGAAGUGAGAAUGUUGUCCUGACAGCACUGUCAGAAGGGAGAUGUAAAAGGCAAAGCUGCAUAUAUUUCACUGCAUAUACUUCAAUAAUUAACAUUCUUCCAACUUUAGUCCUGAAUUAGGAGUGCAAGUAGGAUUGUCUAGAUUUCAGCAGCCGAUAAAGGAGUCUGGGGGGACAAUCUGGGUGUUUCAAUUUUUUUCUUUCUUUCAAGCUGGAGCCUUUAGGGCGUGAUCUUUUCUCACUAUGUCUGAUAAUCUAAUAUGUUCUGUAAAUAUAUCUAACACUAGCUUAGUUUAUCAGCACAGCCCUGUGGCAUGCAUCACACAAGUAUGUUCAGUGGAGAUCUUGGCAAUGAUGGUUCCCAACCAAAGAAAAUGUACUGUAUGCUGUACAGUAGUAAGGUGACAGAAAGACAGUAUGUCCUUCAAAAGAUUAAAUUCCCCUGUGUUUUUUCCAGAGACAUUGCCUAAACCAGAAAUAGCGCCUGCAGGAGAAUUGUCAGCCCAGAAGCAAAGAAACUACUGUGUAUGGAUUGGCUGUUUCUUGUUUGUGAUCUUAUUUAUUGAUCAACCCACUAAAGACUUCAGUAUCUUUUGCUUUCUAUUGCAGUGAAAUUACUAGCUUGAACUGGACAUACCUCUGGUGUCAUGAAUAAAUGUUGAAUUGUUACUUCAGGACAUUUAUCAAAUAGGUAGGAUCGGUCAGUUACUCAAAUAGUUGUGGCCAUUUGCAGAUGUGAAGUGUGCUUGGCUUGAAAUUUUCUACACAGUUGCAAAUAUUUUUAUAAAAAGGGAAACAACAUUUUAGAGCUGGAAUUGCAUUUUCUAUAUUGAUGUAAUUUCAUAUAGUCCUAGUCUUCCACCUUUUAAAUGUUUCUUAAUUAUUGGAUGAAAGAUCAGAAAUUUCCCUUGGAUUUCUUGCCUAUGCAUGUAUUUGUUCUGUUCGGUUCCCCCCCACGCACCGGAAAUGCCAUAGUUUCACAAUUUUUUCUUGGUACCUAGAUAAAUGAUUACAUGGUGCACAUUCAGCUGCAACUGCCCUCAAUCUGCUAUAUGUGUGUGAUGCUCAACACAGCUAUGUUAGAAACAUUCCAUUCAAGACCUUUUUUUUUUUUUUAAAUGAACUUCAACAGACACAGGAAGUGUCUCUUUUUUUCAUCUUUAUGCACAAUUAAUUCAGCUUUCUAGACAUUUUUGUAUGUCUUCUAAUCAGGUCAUAUGGGAUCUUCAAGGGAAAAUCCAUGGGAAGCUAUCAUAAUUAUGUAGUUUAUCUAUUUUUUUAAGUGCUUUGCCCUUUAAAAUAGAGAAGACACAAAAGAUUUCUGAAUAUCUGGGGGAAGUUUCACACUUUAUGACUGGAUGUAUAUGACUUUCCUGCUAGUCAUAAUUCUGUAGUGAUCUGUCUGUAGAGGGUUGAGUGCAGCAAUGUGUUGCUAUGUUAGUUACUGCAAAUACGUUUUUUUAAUGCAAGAUCCUUGUUCUACUUUCUUCAUAGGGAAUAAAUUAU